AUGAUCCAGAAAAAGUUAUUACCCAAACGACAAGAAAGCUCACAGAUUAGGACCAAUGUCGAGGAACAAGUGUUGAUCGAGCCUGUCAGAGCGGCCCAAUCAGAGCAUGAACAAGAGAUGCCGAGCACAGCCAAGAGAAGAGGACAGAAAACGUUUGCAAUUCUCGUAAUCAGCUCUGUUGUUAUUAUCUUUCUUCUGUUACUAUUAGCCGUCUUGAGUUAUCUUCAUUUCACGGAUUUUUUUCAUGAAAGACAAAUGGUCGCUCAAGAAGUCUAUAAUACAACACUUGGCAAUGAGACACUUGAGGAAACUUUUGUUGUAAAGCAUGAAAAGAAGUCAAUGGAUUGGGAAAUAGUGCUGCCACACGUCAAAGAACCCGUUAAAGAAGUAAAUAGCGAAGAAGUUAAUAGAAGAGAACAACUUUCAAAAGAACUCUUGAGUCUGAUCCCGAAAGACGUUGGUGACAUCAUCAUUCGUUUGUCGACCACUGAACUAUUGACUCUAUCUUUUGAAAUCCGACUUCAAGACGUUGAUAGAAUUUUCACGAUUACAGAAAAGAAUGCUAGCAUUUCAGAGUGGCAAAUUGGGGAAAAAAGUGCUCGAGUUUUAAAACACAAAAUCGAUAAAGAGACAGCUUGGAGCAUGUUAAACAACAUUGAAACGUGCAAGUCUCUUUCACUUGAGAUGAUCUAUCACCAGUUCAUGUCUCAAUCUGCAUCGACGCUGAAAUUUCUUCAAACAACUUUUCAACGUCAAGAUUUUCUACCGCUUUUGACAAGAGUAAAACGGUUGAAAAUUCAAACGAAUCUACUCGAUUUCCUCAAGUUAUUGUUGGAAAAUUUCUCGAAAAUAGUCGAGAGCAAGGCGACAUUCCAGCUCGAAUGGCUGCCAUCGGAAGCCGCUCAGUAUAAAGAAACGAUGUUUACCCUACUCAAAAAACAGCAGUUUCGUGAUUGUCAAAUUAUCGAAUGGGACUCGAAGAAUGAUUUUAGUCAUGAGGUUUUGCUUGGUUCUAAUGCAAUGAUGACAAUUAGAAACUCUGGAAGUCUCGAAGAAAGUCUCGUUCUUGUCGACAAACUCUUAGAGCUCGGGCCAUCUGUUGGCAAGUUAGGCUCGCUGUCAAUGAUUCGCUGGGUGCACAGAGAGCACACCGAAAACAUCAAAAAUGCAAUGUUCACUAACUUUCAAGCGAUUCACAAUCGACUGAAGGCCUCGACCGGCGUCUCGCGAAUUGUCGGCAAUCAAGAAGAGAUGGCGCUUGUUUUCGAAUUGAGCCGGCUCCGUAUCAAAUAUGCAAACGAAUUUGGGUCGGAGGAGUUUGAUAAUGUGGAAUUCGUUCGCAAAACGAUGUCUCGUAACACGGAACUGGUGGUCAUGCUGACCAUUCAGCAGGAACAUAAUCACUUUCGAAUACAAAUUAUUGGCAACUAUCGUGAUAUU